GCAGGUGGCGCUCUGAAAAGUACAUUUAAUGUCCCAACACCCCUCUCAAGGACGAAAAGGAGCGUGGUCUCUCCCUCCGCUCCUAGUGGCGGUCUCUAGGCAGGCUCUGUCCAGCUGAGUGGCUCUGGCCUGGAUCCAACAGUGAUUGGAGAUGUGCGUGUGGUGUAGAGUUUCACAGGGAACUACUAGUUUGGUAUUUUGCAGAGUAUAACACCCUCAUCCGGAGGCACCACCUUGCCUAGGGCUUACAGGCAUUUGACCUUAGGAAAACCUCCCUCAAGGAGCCAGGGCCCUAAACCCACUUUGGCAGGUGUCAGUCUCUGGUCUUUCACUUACCGAACUUAACAUGUGGAGGCUUGGUGGUUAAGCAGUGGUUUGACCUUAAAAUCGGGGAUCAGCAAGUUGGGAACCUCUGGUUGUUACAGCCCUAGCUCAUGGUUGUGGUUUGGGGGCCUGGAGUUGAGACCGGAUGGGACUAUGUAACACUUACUAGCCUUAAACUCAAGAUCCUCCCUUCUCAACCUCUCCAGUGAGCAGGUACCUCCCCACCCAGCCCUUUGCUGUGGUUGCUUAUGAAUGGGAAUAUGUAAAAGCAAAAGGCUCCCUUUGAAACAAUGUGUUUUAUGGAGUUAGUACUACAGAAAGGAGACCCAAGGUUCCUACUUUGUCUGGUUUUUGCCAGUCCUUGAUAAAAGUGUGAGCCCCAGUCACUCAUUCGCCAGGUAGCCUGUAGUUGGUGUUUGUGUGUGGAAUAGUCACAAUGAGACUGCUUUGUUUGACUGGGAAGGUGUAAACUUUGAUUACAGUGAUAGUCCUUGCUGAGGACUGGGGGUGGAGGGCUGUUACUCUAUGCCGUCACUUGAAUUUUGGCUUGGGCUUUUGGAGUUAGUCUACAACUUGUGGGCCUAGGGACAGAACCUGCAGGGCCACUUUGGAGCCCUCCUCAGUGGAGCCUUGAGAUCUGGGAGGAGGGAAAGCUUCUGAGACAGUGCUGUUAGAACAGAAGCCCAGGCACACCAUAGAAGGCAAGAAUUGGGAGGAAGUCAGCUCUGGGCUUGUUCUAGCACACAGGAACCAAGCGCCGCGGAGUCCUGGGCAAAGGGAAGAACAAACAGGCAAACACUUAGAAGAUCGAGUAAGGAAGGCAGGGAAAGACCCAGGAGGUGGGGACUCCACCUCCAACAGGUCCGCUGCUCAACACUUGGAGCCUGCCUGGGCCACAGACAAGAUACUGCCGAGCAGUAGGAGACUGGAACCAAGUCCUCUUCCAAGUGCUCAUUGUGCUAAUCAAGGCCCACCCUCCCUUCCAGAAUCCAGGAAGCACAGAGCACUAAAGAGCGGAGGCCAGGCUUGCAGCGAAGCGUGCAGCCCGCGCCGAGGCUCGAGAGAUCCGCAUGAAAGAGCUGGAGCGGCAGCAGAAGGAGAUCUAUCAAGUCCAAAAGAAAUAUUAUGGGCUGGAUACAAAAUGGGGCGACAUCGAGCAGUGGAUGGAAGACAGCGAACGCUACUCUCGUAGAUUCCGGAGAAACACAUCGGCUUCUGAUGAAGACGAGCGCUUGUCCGUGGGUAGUCGAGGCAGCCUAAGGGCCCAGCCUGAGCCGGAGUAUGGGAGUUCCUACACCUGGACUAACGGUUAUGAUGGAGACUAUUGCGGAUCCCAGUCCCUAAGUAGAAGAUCUGGCAGGAAUUCCAGCUACAGCGGCGGCGAUGGCAGAGUCUCAGCUUUGUCGUCCUCCAGAGAGGAGAAGUUGGGACUCUCGUGCUCCGACCUCGGCCUUCCUAGUAGUGGUCUUGCCUGCAAGCCCCUGUCUGCCCAGAAUGGAACCCGGCCCUCCUUUCUAUACAGUGCUGCCCGGCCUGCAGGGAGUUUCCGGACGUCGUCCAUGCUGGAUGAGAGCAGCCUCUAUGGGGCUCGGAGGGGAAGCGCCUGUGGUUCCCGAGCUCCCUCAGAGUAUAGCAGCCACCUCAACUCCAGCUCCCGGGCCUCCUCCAGGGCCAGCUCGGCGCGGGCCAGCCCUGUGGUAGAAGAGAGACCAGACAAAGACUUCACUGAGAAGGGGUCCCGUAACAUGCCCAGCUUGUCUGCUGCCACGCUGGCUUCUCUGGGUGGGACUUCCUCCCGGAGAGGAAGUGGAGAUACCUCCAUCUCCAUGGACACCGAGGCAUCCAUUAGGGAAAUUAAGGAACUUAAUGAGUUAAAGGACCAGAUUCAGGAUGUAGAAGGCAGAUACAUGCAGGGACUGAAAGAGAUGAAGGACUCGCUGGCUGAAGUUGAGGAGAAGUACAAGAAGGCCAUGGUCUCCAACGCCCAGCUGGACAACGAGAAGACCAACUUCAUGUACCAGGUAGACACGCUGAAGGACAUGCUGCUGGAGCUGGAGGAGCAGCUGGCGGAGUCUCAGAGACAGUACGAGGAGAAGAACAAGGAGUUCGAGAGGGAAAAGCACGCCCACAGCAUCCUGCAGUUCCAGUUUGCUGAAGUGAAAGAGGCCCUGAGGCAAAGGGAAGAAAUGCUUGAGGAGAUCCGACAGCUGCAGCAGAAGCAGGCGGGUUUUGUCAGGGAGAUCUCUGAUCUUCAGGAAACCAUAGAGUGGAAAGACAAAAAGAUAGGGGCAUUAGAAAGACAGAAAGAGUUCUUUGAUUCCAUACGCAGCGAACGAGAUGAUCUUAGAGAAGAAACAGUCAAACUGAAAGAGGAAUUAAAGAAACAUGGAAUAAUCCUAAAUUCAGAAAUAGCCACCAACGGAGAGACUUCAGACACAUUAAACGGCGUUGGAUAUCAAGGCCCUACGAAGAUGACAAAAGAAGAGCUGAAUGCCCUCAAGUCAGCCGGGGAGGGGACACUAGGAAAAGCCAAAGAAGUGGAGUUGAAAAAGGAAAUUGUGGAGAAUAUGGGGAAAGGAGGAGGAACCUUACAGAACACUGAGCAAGAACAGCCCAGACCCAACCCAGUAAAAGAUUGUGUGGACAAAGGGAUGUCACAUCCCGGUGAUAAUGCUGAGGACCAGAAACCCGCUGAAGACAGUGCCCUGUCCCCAGGACCACUAGCGGGGGCCAAAUGUGAGCAACAGGUUCAGAGCCAAGCUCAAGAGAACAGUUUUCUCAAAGACCCAGAGCAGAUUGAGUCAUGUGAGGUCACAGACCAGCCAGAUGGUAGGACCAGAAACUCGUUGGAACAGUCCAACUGCCUGCAAGGUCUAGACAGUGAAGAGUCAGAACCCAAAAAUCCAAGUGAAAACUCUGUAGGUUUGGGGCAAACAUCUGAAGUUGACAAGAUGAGCUUUACAGACUCAAGGGGCGCAGGUGGCAACCACACAGAGAAUGCAGGACAGGUGGAAGGAGCUGCCGUUGGGGAAGAGGUGGGUACAGUCGCCUCCAGUCCUUCGGAACACCACGAAGACACACUGAGUCAUGAGAGAAGUGUGGAUGAUGGGGAAGAACAGAGCUUGGAAAGAGAACUCACCCAAGAAGUAGCUGAGCCCGAGGAAGUCCUCGUCCCGAGCCCACCGGUAACUGGGGAAAACACUGUUGGAAAGACCAGGGACAAGAAGUCCAUCCUGGCAGAAGUCCAUGCCACACAUGCACCACUUGAUGAGAAAGAACCCGACAAAGAAAAGAGCGAGCAGCAGGCAGAGGCCUUGGAUUCACCACAGAAGAAGUCUAAGAACAGGAAGAAGAAGAACAAGAAGAAGAAAUCUCCAGCCUCAGCGGAGACCUGCCAAGACGCCAGCAAAGAGGUAGACCGCCAGAGCGUAGAAGAAGAGCCGGCCCAGUUCCCUGACAAAAAGCAGGCAGCAGAGACCCAGAGUGAAGACACAGAAAACUCAGAACAAAAAAUCACAGCAGGAAGCAGUGAACAUGCCGAGUGCCUACAAGAUCCUGAAAAUGAGCUUAACGGAAAACAGAAGCAAGGGGAGGAAGAUGGUGUAAAAACCCAGGCAGGGAAAGUAACGGCAAAGGGAGACGUGCUAAUGCAUGAGGCGGAGGCGGCACAGUCGGUCGGCACCAGUGCUGGGGGUGAGGAAGUUGAAGACCAUGAUGCUGAUGGUCCCACAGAUGUCUCGGAUCAGAACAAAGAAGGGGAAAUCUCCCCGGUGAAAAAGAAAGGUCCCCCAAAGGAUGCUAACCAUGCUUCUCAGAGAGGAAGUGAGGAGGAGCAUGUGCUGUCCCACCAUCCAGGCCAGACGGUCAAGAAGGCUGUAGAUGGCUGCAGCGUAGACAACAGUGACCUGUCAGGGCAGCUGGAGGGCUUCAGCUCAGAAAGUGGAGUGCAGGCAAGAGGGGAGGUUGAGAAUAGCAAGAGUAAGGAGGAUUGCACCAUGUCAUGAGGAGGCAGGAGGCAGACGGGGGAGGCCGAGUUUCAGAGAAGGCCAAGGACUCAACACACUAAGCCCAACCUCAAGAGUUCCAUCCUUCAACCCCACUGUUCCAGUUUCUGUGGAUGUGCCACGUGUCAGUCAAGUCUCAACUACUUUAAGUUAUAGACUGUUACCUGUAGAUUUGUAUUCAGCCAUUGAUCAUCUAGACACCAUUGUUUUCAGUUUCAGUUCUAGCUGAGAACAUUCCAUUGGUGACACCAUGUCCCUGUCAUGUCUGCAUUCCAGUCUUAAGGCCAAAACGUAACCAUUUGCUUUAGGCCGAGAUGAAUGUGGCUGUGCUUGUCACAUGUGUCAGCAUCUAGUUGAAGUGACCAAACAGCAUGCUUAGGUUUCUGUGUCGUGAGCAGUGGAUAGUCAAACUAAUGUGUCUCAUUAAAAUAGAUGCAGCUUCAUGUUUGAUCUUAACAUGUACAUCAUAACCUAUGGGGUAUUAUAUUUUAAGGAGCUAGAUGGAUAAGUAGCAUAUAGUCGCUGGGUGAGAGGAGCUGCACCUCAGGGUAGAGGUUAAUUACUGUAGGGAUUCAAACAGUUAUCAAAAACGCAGGGAGACCAUAUGCCUUUACCUCACCUAAGUGCUGUAUUUUGCACCAAUGCUCUUGGAUCUUAUUGCCAAUGGUACCCAAAUCAAUUUUGUCAAAGAUCUUUAUUUCACUUCACAUGAGUGAUAUGCUAAAUUCAUUUCAUAUAAAUAUUUUAUUUUUAUUCUUUUCUGUUAAUGACAAGUUGAAAUUAUAUUUCCUACUUUAGUGUUUAGGAGAAAGUCGUUAAUUUUUUUAAUUUUAAAGUAAUCUUCCUGUCUGAAUAUCUACUUAUUAAAAAAACAAUACAAGACAUUGUUUGUUCUUAUGCAAAGGACUCAUUAGAUUUUAAUCCAACAUUUUGUGUUUGGUAUAAAUAUUUUUAUUUGUUGUUUCUCAAUAUUUUCUUAUUGGAAAGUUAUUAUUUUACCUGCCUGAAGGAAAUAAUGUAUUUUCUAUAUAAAGAAGCAUUUAGAAAAAAUUAUUAUAAAGCUGCAUUUAAAAGUACUGGUAAAUAUAAAAUUGCAAGGCCAUGUACUGUAUGACUACUGUUGUCAUGUUAUGGGAUCAUGUGAACUCAUACUACUGUUACAAGGUAGAGUGGAACGCAAAAAGACCAAACCCUCAGUAAAAUCUGAGGCAAACUGAAGUGUCAUAUAAUUGAAAUAAAAAACAUUUUAUAAUUUUA